AUGUUUGAAGAAAUAUUGCUGAGUGGAAUCGCAGCCAAAGAAAUAGCAUCUCAUUCCAAUGUUACUUUAAUGGGAAAUUAAGUAGAAGAGCAUUACAAAUGCACAGACUCUUCAAUUACUUAAUUAAUAGAAGAUAUAAUUUAUGUUGUGUAUAUUUAAUUGUGUAUUUAAUGAUAGAAAAGUUACGAAUGGUUAGACUGUAUCGAUACAUUAAUAUGAUAUGAAAGAUUUAUUUUAUAAAUAAAUAUCAUUGGCAAGUGAGUACCUUAAUUUUUCUCAUUUGAUUACUUAGAAUGGUUGUGUUAUAAUGAAAGAUAAUGAUAUUCCCUAUUUAUUGGUAGUAACAUAAACAGGAUAAAUAUUUUAUAAGAAUUUAAUUUCAAAUGCUUCUAGCAUAAUUAAGAAUUUAAUGGUGGAUAAUCAAAGAUUUGUGUGUCUGGCUAAAUCACUUAUAUACAAUAAUUAACUUAAAUUUUAUGUGUUGAGUGAAACUGAUUAAUUAAUUUCUAUAACAAUUGAUGUUCGUAGAGGUGAAAUAAUGAAAAGCAAAUAUCAACUAAGUUUUGGUACCAAAUUUUUAAGUAAAUUUUUUGGAAGUUAAACUAAUGAUUGGAAGACUGCUUUUUAAAUUAAUGAUAAGUAAAUAAUUUACUAUUCCUUUUAAACAUAAUUUCAUUUAUUGGAAAUUAAAGGAUCAGAUCUAGCUACAAGAUAAUUACAAGUUGAGGAUAAUAUCAAAGUUAAAUAAAUAGAAGUAUUCUAACAUAAACCAAAUGGAUAAACUACAUUAUGUUAUCUACAUUAAAAUCAAAUGAAAAUCUAUUCAUUAAUAGGAAAUUAAUUAAGAAUAAAUUGUAUUAUUUCAUAAUUAGAUUUCUUAUAAAAUAUAAAUUUUAGUAUUACUAGUAUAUAUAAUACUAUAAUUUUGAUUUAAGGAUCUGAAAUUUAUUAAUUAGUAAAUGAUAAUAAUACUUUUGAAUUAGUUAAUUCAAAUAAAAAUCCUGUUUUAGGUUUUAUAAAUUUAGAUGAUUAAUUGUUAUUUUUUUAUAAAAAUCAUAUUUCCUUUAUUAAUUAAAUUUAAGAUUAAAUUAGUAAGAGAUAAUAUGAAUUAAGACAAGAAAUAUAUAAAUUUAAAAAGUAUGUAGAGAAUUAAUAUAAAUUAAAAGAUGAAGAAUUAAUACUUCAAUCAAUCUCUAUUGAUUCUUUUGUUAACAAUAAAUUUGAUUAAUUUUAAACUCUCAUUAAAUUUUUGCAUCGAAAUUUAGAUCAAAGGAAAAUAAUCUAAUUGAUGAAAUAAUAAUCAAAUAAUUUUUGUAUAGAAGACUUUAUGAAUGAAGUAAUGGAUGAAUUGGAAGAUAUUUAUUAUUAUUUGAAACCAACUAUCUAAAUGUUAGAUUUAGAUUUUAAUCAAACAUAUAAUUUAUUAAGUUAACAACUCUAAUGUUUGGAUCAAUUCUUGAUUCAUGUUUUUUAAGAUGAAUUUUAAAGUAUCUAAGAUUUUCGAUAAGAUCAAUCAGUAAAAUUUUCAUUGCUUAAAUUCUUAGUAACAAAUCAACUCAAAGACUAUUACUAUAUGUAUUUGGAGAAUUAUAUAGGUUUGGCUGUAAUAGCCAAUAUUUCUAAUUUUUAAUUAGAUCUCCAAAAUGAUCAUAAAUUAUUUUAUGAUACUAUGCUUCUCUUAACUUUAUUACAAGAUAAAUUCUAUGUAUCAUUUUAAGAUGUACUAAAGAAAAAAUUCUAAAUAGUAUCAAAUGAUAUUUCCUUACAAAAAUUGAAUUGCAUUUAAAAUGUAAUAUAUAGAUUUAUUAAUUUAAUCUACAAAGAAGUUUUCAGAGAUUUUGCUAUUCCAGAAGAAUUAUUAUGUGAAGCUUUUGUAUAUAAUUAGAAAAGAUCCUUGAUAUAAUAAAAUAAUGCAAAGGAAAUUAUAAGACAUUAUAGAGUAAGUUAGUAAUUAGGAUAAUAAUAAUAAUAUAAUAAUAUUAUUGAUUUUAUUAAUGAAAAAGAAGAUCAAUAUCAAGAAUUAAAAUUGAAAAUUUCACUUUAUCUACAAUAAUAAUCAAAUUCUGAUAGUGAAUAGGAGAUUAUAUUAAAAAAAUUGAUAAGUUAUGCUAUUAAAUAAGAACAAUAUCAAAUUUUAUUUUAAAUUUUGAAUAUGAAUGAUACAAAAUAAAUAAAUGAUCAAUUAUCCAUAAUGAUAGAGAGCAAUCAAUUAUUUAAAUGUUAAUUAAGUAAGUUGAUUGUAAUUUAUUUUAGAUGCAAGAACGACUGAACAAAUUGCAGAAUUGUUACUUUAAUAUUCACGUGAAAAAUGUCUUAAUUUAAAAUAAGGAGACAAAGUACUUCAUUAUUUCAGUUUUUUAAUGAGAUAAGAAUCUAAAAUAAAGGUAUGGAAUUAUUAAAUAUAAUAUAGGCUUUUACUUUAUUAUUUGAGUAUAUAGUAAAUUUAGAAAUGUAAUUAUUCUCAUUAAAAUUUAAAGAUGUAGUUCGUGGAGUUAGAAUUUAAUUGGAUUAUAUUAUGAUAUUGUUAAAUUAGAUGGAAUUAUAAUGUAAUUAAGAUAAAUUACCUUAUUCAAAAUAAUUGAUUUGCAAAAUUAGUGAUUAAAAUUAUGAGCAAUUUAAGAAUCCAAGUACUAUCAAUGAUAAAUCUGAGAUUGAUUUAACAUCUCCACUAAAUAUUAGGAUUGUAAAUUAAGAGCAAAUAAUAAAAUUUAAGAAAUAUAAAGAGAUAUAAAAUUAUGUUUGUACCAAAUACACUCCUUAUGCUUAACUUAAUAAGGUAGUAGAAUAAUUGAUAUUCAAUGGAAAUUUGACUUAAUUAAUUAAUGUAUUUGAAUUAAGUUUAGAUCCUAAUUUUGAGAAAGAUAUAGUGUUUUUCUAUUUUAUUAAUGAGGGAUAGAGAUAAGAAUUACUGAAUAAAGUGAAACCAUUUUUAAGUUAAAAGGAAUUUUCAAUAAUUUUAGCUUAAAUUUGUGUGGUUUGCAAUUUGAAUUUUGAAAAGUGUAAGGAAUUGUUUAAGAUGGCAUCGAGUUAAGAAUACUUUUUAUAAUAUUUGAUUAAUGUUGAUAAGGAAGCUAUUGCUUAUAUGAUAAUCUGA